AGCCAUAACUCUCGCAGUACUGUAUUUAAAUAGAACUCAGUAAAAAAGCCAGAAGUCUCACAGUCCCCCCUGACAUUAUUCUAUAAUAACUGUGAUUACUGUUACUUACUGACAAGAGUAAUGGGCAACAGAAAUGUGUGUGUGUGUGUGUGUGUGUGUGUAAUACAACGUUUCCAGAGGUCAGUACUGUUUGAACAGAGGGUCCAGGGGCAGGAGAUAGCUACCCGUUGUAAAGUGAGAAAUCUAAAAAAAAGCCUUCACCUUCACCUUGCUGGUCUUAACCACUUGUCACAGGUUCAGAGGAUGGGACGUCCCACAGGCCCCCGGUGUCCGGUUUAGCCCUCCGAACCAGCCAGUGAACAGCCCGGUGUGUCUCAGGGCCCCAUCUCAGAGCUGUCCUUUCUGCCUGGCCCCACCCUGCCUGGCCUCACUUCCCCCCAGCACAUGAUUAUUUCAAACUGAGUGCUUUAAGGAGACCCUCCUGGGCUCAAGGCACACAUGAACAGAAGAUCAGUGGCGAAGACGCAGUCGAGUCACUGAAUCAGACCAGCCCCGUUUUUGCUUAGGCGCCAGAUAUGUCAGAGCCCAACUGGACAGAGGGGGCGCUGUUCCCCACAGGAGAGCCUCUGAACUCCACCCUGGACUAUGAGGACUUUGAGGCAGAGCGGAGCCCCAGCACCAUCCUCAUUCCCUCCAUCUACGCCCUGGUGUGCUGCGUGGGGCUGACGGGCAACGCCAUGGUGAUCUACGUCAUCCUGAAGUACGCCAAGAUGAAGACGGCCACCAACAUCUACAUCCUGAACCUGGCCAUCGCCGACGAGCUCUUCAUGCUGAGCGUGCCCUUCCUGGCCACCUCGGCGGCCCUUCGCCACUGGCCCUUCGGCUCGCUCAUGUGCCGGCUGGUGCUUAGCGUGGACGGCAUCAACAUGUUCACCAGCAUCUUCUGCCUGACCGUGCUCAGUGUCGACCGCUACGUCGCCGUGGUGCACCCCAUAAAGUCCGCCCGCUACCGCCGGCCGUCCGUGGCCAAGAUCAUCAACGCCUGCGUGUGGGGGCUCUCGCUGGUGGUCAUCCUGCCCAUCAUCGUCUUCGCCGACACCGUGCCGUCGCGGGACGGUGGCGUGGACUGCAACUUCCUGUGGCCGGAGUCGUCGUGGUCGGAGGCCUUCGUGGUGUACACCUUCCUGCUGGGCUUCCUGCUGCCCGUGGUGGCCAUCUGCCUGUGCUACUGCCUGAUCGUGGUGCGCUUGCGGGCCGUGGGGCUCAAGGCCGGCUGGCUCCAGCGCCGCCGCUCGGAGAAGAAGAUCACCCGCAUGGUGCUGCUGGUGGUGGCGGUCUUCGUGGUCUGCUGGAUGCCCUUCUACAUCGUCCAGCUGGUCAGCGUGUUCCGGCGGCCGCCCGACCCCAUGGUGACGCAGCUCUUCGUCAUCCUCAGCUACGCCAACAGCGGCGCCAACCCCAUCCUGUACGGCUUUGUCUCUGACAACUUCCGCCGCUCCUUCCAGCGAAUUGUCUGCUUCCGCUGGCUGGAGAGCGGGGUCGACGUCGAGCAGGUGGACUACUGCGCCAUGCCGCUGAAGCGCCGGGCCCCGCCCCUCGCCGACGACCACGCCCGCCGCUUCCCCCUCAAGGAGUGCCUGGCUUCCGACACGGUCUACCGCAACGGAACGUACACUUCCCGAAUCACCGCUUUGUGAGAAAUAAGCAUGGGAAUCGAUACUGAAAAGGGCAGCAGACAAAGGAAAGGACGGAAGGGGAAGGGGGAAAAGAGAGAAUGUAUUAACACAUUUUAUAAAACGGAACAUACACAAUAAAUCUAUGUGCAAUGCAUGGAUGCUACUUCUCAUUAGGGGCAGCAAUUUAUCAGCGCCCCCUCCUGAUUAAUAGGUACUGGAUACUUUCUGGCUGAAGUUGUGGAUCACAAUGCACAAUGUUCCCUGUGCAUAAGCGUAAAUGACUUUCAGGAAACAAAGGAGUCUUAGUGCUCAGUCACCAGUAGUUGCCAGUACUUAUGUGAACCUUCUGUCAAAAACUGCUGGACAGAGAGAGUCGUAAUAACAGCUAACCUUUCAGCCUGGGGUUAUAAAAGGCCUUUAAAAGAAAAGUUGAGUGCUUGUCACACGGGUGACCCGCGCAGGUUUUUUUUCAGGAUCAGGAUCCUGGCUCCUGCUGGUGCUCAAACGUGGCUCUACAUUGCGAACACUUAUCUAAAGUAGGAAAAGUUAUUUUCAAUUCAAUUCAGUUCAAUUGUGACUGUGUGAAAAAGACGCUUUACAGUGGAAACAGAAAAGAAUAAUUGGGCAAAAAAAUCAAGCCUCUACACCCAAAAAGCGAGCAAUUGAGGUUAAAAAUAACUCCCCAGUCUGAAGAAACACACUCAGACAGUACCCAGAAAAACUCCCCAUUGGAAAGAAAUCUCGGGAGAAACCCAGCUACAGAGGUGGAGGCCCAUCCUCUGCUGGCCAGCCUGGUGUAAUGUAAAUUUUCCUAAUCCAAACUCCUAAUGAAAAUGGCACUGUUAAUUCUGCCUGUCAAGAAUGACCCGAUUAUGUCCACAUAUGCUUUAAAUCAGGUUUUCACAGCUUGUUUCAUUAAGCACCUCAGGAUUCAGUUUUAAUUCAAACAGUCCCUUUUAUGAAAGCGCUAAUGUUAAUGUGUUAACUAAUUGAACCCUGGGCAUCGGUGCAUCCUUAUGUUGCUACUUUUCUUUCUUCUGCAGGAGGAAGCCAACAAAAUGUGAAAGAUAUGGUCAAUAUAUAUUCACAGUUUAUCCUGAGCUCCCAUAAAACAAAACCUGGAAAUUAAUGUUUACAGCAGCACAAAUAGAGCACGUUUAUCAAAUGAGAACUCGGUUCCUGUUUUCUUGGCAGGCCCCAGUGUCAUUACAAAAAGUACAAUGUACAGAUUACAGUGUACAGAUAUACCAAGUGCAGGUGAAAAUUUAAGUUGCUGUAGUCUAUGUUUUUCAUUUUUUCAGGGAACUGAAAUCAUAUUUAUGAUGUGAAACCGUGUUCAUUUCAAAAUUAAGUAAGUUAAAGGUGUUAUGCUGUUGACUGAGAGGCUUGGUGUGAUUUCAUAAUAAAUUAUUGCACUUGAAGUUA